GCCCCAUUUAGAUCUAUCCACCAGUACCAGAGGACAGAGACUUUGUCUCUUCUUCUUGUGAGUUUUUGUGGUUGUGGGUGUCUCGGAAUUUUGAGGAGUAUCAAUUUCGUAGAGAUGCCACUAUCUUUUCCAAAGCUCGGCAAUUCUUUGCCGUUUUCGAGACUUUUCAGGCAACUGGAGCAGGAGAUAGAAACUGUGGUUCAGGUAUUACAACCUGGACCUCUGGGAAUCGUAGAACACAAGUUUUCUGCUGAUGAGAUAUGUAAGGCCAAAGCCACUGUGAAGAGAGCGGUAGAGAAUUGGCAAAAGAAUGCAAACAUAGAGCAGAAUAACCCUAUCUUGAAAGAUUAUAUUAGUAAAUGACAGAAUUGAGGAUUCUUGUUGGUACGUUUUACAUAAAUAUUCUAAUCAAAGAUAUUCCCUUACAAUAUGUUGAACUUUCCAAUUCUUCAUCGUGAUGUGAGGUAAUCCAUUUGUAGGAAAUCAUGUAACGCAAUUAUGGUAAAGUUAAUUUUCUUUUGCAAAACUUUUUUUUUUCGUAUAUUACAUAAUGAUGGAUGAUGGAUGGAUGUGUUUUGGCAAACUGAAGAAUGUAGCUGUUCUACACUUCUACUCCUCUCUCUCUUGUAAUGCAUUAUGACGGAUAAAUGUGUUUUGGUAAACUAUAGAAUGUGGCUGUUCUAGUCCUGUCUAUCCCUCUCUCUCUGUCACAUGUGUACUUGCGUGUGGUAGAUCUGCAUGCUCAAGUUUGCAACCCCCGGCCUUCGUAUUCUUUUAUUAUUAUAGGACUUUUGAAAUCUGUAGAGGUAAUUUCCUACAAAAAAUUGGCUCCAAUUCUAUCAUUUAAUUAUUCACACGGUUGGAGAUGGAUGACAAAUAUAUGCUUCUAAACCUACAAUUAUUCUUUUUUUCUUUUUUUAAUAGUAACCAAAACAUUCAGCAAGUGUAAAGCCUACAAUAAGUCUUCCAGUCAGGUGCAUUAUACUUCCCUGCUUUGAGUUUUUCUUUCUAUGUUGAGUUUUCCAAUGAUUCUGUUACAACUGUAUCAUAUUGGCUAGAUAUGUUUUACAUGCCAUAGCUGUUAAUCAACAAAUUAGUGGCUUGCCUGCUGCCAGAGUCAUAAAUGCAUCCAAAUGUUGUUCUUGAGUCCAUUGUAAAACUGAAGAAUGCUGUAUUUAUAUGUUCCAAUCGGAAAUUAUCAUACAACACAACUUGGUAGGUCAAAUUUGGAGUUCACUGUACUAGUAGCUGUGCCUGCAGAUUGGUGCUUCUUACUGAUUUUCUUUUCAUCAUGUAAUCUUAUUGCAUUGAUAUAUAGAGGACGGGGGAAAAUUAAAGCUCAAAACACGGGGAAUUACUUCAAGUGUCACAUUAUUUAGUAAGCAUAAGAUACAUAUAAUAUUUAGAGUGGAUAUAUCAGUUUCCAUAGAACUUGGUAAAAGCGAGAGGGUUGGAGGGGUUCAACGGUAAAAGCUAUGAUAUAGCUUUGUGGUGUUAAUUAUUUUGCCAUACCCAUAUGGCUCUGGCCUCAAUGAGCAAUGGAACUAGCUUGCCCUGGACAUGGAGGCUCAUGACCUCAUUAGAACCACCAAUCAAUUUCUCUCCAAUGAACACAAUUGGUACAACUGGCUCACGUCCGGAAGCCUUGAGUGCCCUUUCUAUUUGUUGACCAUUUGGAAGUUCAUCGAGCUCAUAAAUUGUUGGGUUGGCACCAAAACUGCAUAUCAGUGACUUAAUUGUGUGGCACAUGCAGCAAGAGCUUUUGCUGAAGAUCACCACAGGUUUGUCAGCUACCAAUCUCUCACUAUGUCCAUUAUCACAAGUCACAACCCACAAAUAAUAAAAAAUAUGGAAAACCUUGACCGAGGAGCUUAUUGGGGGUUCGACACUCUGAAAACAAUGUGAAAUAUAAAGCUUUUGAUGAGAGCUAAUGCUUUGCUGUGAGGAACUUGCUGUCUUUUGUAGGUUAUUUAUACAUGCCUAGGGGUGGUGGGUUGCACUACUUCAGCAGAUGGAAAACAAGCGAAAAGGAAGGAAAAUAUUGUUCCGAUAUAUAUUUAAUUGCAUUCCCAGGUUACCCUUGAUUGUUGCUUGAUGAUGUCAUUAUGAAUCUCCCAGAAUGACGAGUUGCAGAUAAGUAUGGUGAUAUGCUACAUGCAUCCCUACAUUCUUAAAUGACAUGAUUAUCCUAUGUACAGACCAUAUUGUUGCUGGAUAUAUUGAUCGGCUUCCCAGUAAGAGUUCGAUUGGAAGAAUAACCAAAUGAUAUUGGCAAUCUUGCAAAGCAUUCGAUCACCUGAUCCAUAUAUAUAACUGCAGAAAUGUUAAUUGUUAAUAGUAUUAGGGUAGUAUAUGUAAUUUGUUAAUAGUGUUAGGGUAUUAUGUGUAAAUAUAAGAGGGUGUGUAUGUAUAAUUCUUGUUAUCAGCUACCUAUAAAUACAAGUGACGUAUGAGGGUUAAGUUGAAUUUUGACCUAUC